AAACAUUUGUUUUGUUUUUGUUUUUGUUUGGGCCUAUAGGCAAAAUAGGGUGGUACUGAGAACUUUCCCCGUCCCUUCCCCUCUAAAUUCUAAUAUUGCGUCCCCAACCGGUUUCAACAUGAUUUYUAAAGGAUCUCACUUUCGCMUGAGCUUAUCUAUUUCUUAGACAUGUAAGUACCACCAUCUACAGCUGUCUAAAGAGGAACGUCGAGAAUCGAUCAAUGUUCAGACAACUAAAAAGGACUAUCAUAAAAGACUGCCUGAUUAGCUCGCGACUGGAAUUGGCAUAUCAACUAAAAAAACAUCAGGACAAAGAAAAAGGGUGUUGUUGGACGUGGCUGGUUUCUUCAAACUGAAGUUUAUCAUGACUCAUGCAAAUUAGUAUCGAUAUUCCAUGAACUCAGCUGUUAUUGAAUUCAUUUAAGAACCUGCAUGAACAUUAGUGGAAUGAAAGCUACCGUAGAUUUGAGCCCGUUAUGUCAACAAGUCUUAUGGAUUACGCUGGUUCAAACGAUUGUGCGGUAAUAAGGCGGGAACCCUUUCAGUCCGGUCAAAGAAAAUCAUACAACGUACUACAGAAUUGUUAAUAAUUUGAUGUUCAGGAAUAAAACAACGUUGAAUCUUUCAACUACAUGGAUGGAAAUACUAGUAAUUUUUCCAAAGAUGCAAGUCAACAUUACCCUCUUUUCCCGGAGGUGCGGAUAAGUUUAAUUAUUAUACUAGGACUAUUCGACAUUAUCAGUAUUGUUGCAAACUCAAUGGUAGUAUUGGCGGUGUACGGAAAUCGUCGUUUACGUUCAAAUACUAAUGUGUUCAUCACCAAUCUUUGUGUCGUGGACCUUGCAUGUGGUCUGGUGUUGAUGCCGUUGGUAAUCCAUUCUAUAGCCUUACAAGAAGAAAUUWCUGGUUUGAUAUGUGAMUUUUUAGGAUUUCUUGGUGCUGCUUAUUCAACUGCUUCUUCGUUGACAAUCGCUUUGAUUGCGCUAGACCGUUAUCACUCUAUAGUAAAUUGUUUAUACUAYGAGAACAUUGUAACCCGUCGUCGAACUAUUCUUGGUAUAGUUUGUGUUUGGAUACUAACAUUGAUUAUUGCUACAUGUCCCAUUAUUGGUUGGGGCCAGUAUCAAUACGAUCGACCGCAGUUUAAAUGCUCAUUGCGUCAUCCAGAUCAACAUGGAUUCUUGUGGUUCUAUAUCUGUACAUCAGUACUUUUUCCUUAUACAAUCAUUGUUUUUUGUUACACUCAAAUACAUUUGGUUGCAAGAAGACACGCYAAAAAUAUGAUAGCAAUUCAUAUCCAUGAUACUGGCAAGCGCAUUAAAGCGGUUUCUACUACCAAAACUAAACUUGUUUACUUAGUAGUUGGGCUAUUCACAGUUUGUUGGAUACCUAUUCACACUAUCAAACUUCUUGAAAACUUUUCUGUUACGAUACCUGACGGCUUAUUAACAUUAGCAACUAUGUUGUUACUUAUGAAUGGUUCAUGCAACCCUUUUCUAUAUGCUUUAAUAACCAGUCAUUUCCGUGUGGGUUUGAGGAGGUUGUUCAAGCGAUUAAGACGUAAGUUUGGUCAGCCUGUGGCAUCACCAUCAGGUGAUCACUCCAAAAGUUCGUGGUCGGUGUCAAAACCCAUAUCAAAUUUAUAUCGAUACUUCCAAGAAAAUGAUGCGGGAAACAUGUUGGCUUGUGUUGGWAAAACCACUUCAGAGGAUUUUAGGAUGGAGCGACAAGGCGAGUUGGGUCAAAAAAUGUUAAAUCAGCAGAUGGAUUCUUCUAUAAGAAAGCCCCAAACGCUCCAAAUACCACAAAAAGGAAAGAAGUUAAACAGYUAUAAGGAGAAAAAGGACAAACUAGAACUCCCGUUUUUAAAUGAUACCGAGCAAAGAACUGUUUUGGUUUCUAAAAAAUCAAGUCAAUAUUUAGAUGUCUUAAUAUCUCCUCCUUCACCCACGUCGAAUGGCCAGCUAAGUGUUUUMAUCGAAGAAACGUCUGAGCAGUACACUAAUAACGACGAAAGAAAAAAGCAGUCAACAACAUUUCCAUUCAUCAACGUACCGGUACAUUUAAAUGGAAAAGCAACACCAAAUAACAACAGUCUUCAAGUGCCCGUCGAAAAAUAAAAUGGUAUAGCAGUAAGAAAAAACAUUUUCGACUUUCAAAGUCUUUUCAGCUUUUCGCAGCUCGCAAUCAGRGGGACUGUAUUCUUUCUUGCAUUCCUUUAUUCAUUGACCCUCAAACACUAUCUGAAUUAAAUUUACAACUCGUGGUAUUAAACUUUGAUAUACAGAAUAUGAAUCGUGUUACACCCAGUCUGUUGUUUAUAGAUACUAACACAAAAUUUCUUUGCGUACUUACUAAAUGACAGUUUCUUGUUAUCUAGGUUGAUUACUAAAAUACCUUAAACCCACACUUAUGAUUUAACAAAAAUGUACCAAAAACACAAAUUUCUCUCUCCGACGCAUUCUAGUGUUCUAGGUAUAAUCGAUUUUAUUUGGCAACGAUUUUGUAAGGCAACUUUUUUAACUAUGGAAGCCAAUGUGUGCGAUCAAUGAUCGCCUAGUUCAAAGCUACAAGCAUAUCAUUAGGGUAAGACAAAUGUUUUUACUAAUUUUUUUCUUUCAAUAUUUUCAUAUAGAUAUCGCUAAAUCAGCUAGUUAAAUGCUGAGCUUUGGUUGCCUGUGAUGAUACACGAUUAUUAAAGAUCAUUUACGAUAGGUCUCGAAAUGUUUACGAAUAAAAACACGAUAAAAAGAAAAGAAAAGACAGAUUGUUCUGUGUGUUUUUCUUUCCGAUCGAAUUUUUUUCAAUCCAAAAUAAAACUCCAUCUGUACUAAAACACUAUAUAACAAUAUUAAGAUAGGUAAGAUGUUUGUUAUUAAAAAAAAUUAAAAUCA